AUGGCGUCGUCUAGUGCUGGCGUUACGCGUUCAGGUGUGAAAAAGUAUGCACAAAAAUACUGUAAAGAAUGGGAGUAUGAUCCAAAUUUAAAAGAUUGGAUUUGUCCUGACCCCACUGGUGAAAACUAUGCAAGGUGCAAAUAUUGUAAAGUCACAUUAGUACCCCACAAGAAAGAACUUAACUAUCACGCAAAGAGUAAAAAACACAUAAAAGCUGUGUCAUUAGAUAAAGCGGCGAAGUCCUGUCAGCAAUUGCCUUUUAUAAAAACAGUUUCGAAGAAUAACAAAACUGCGGAAUUAAAAACAGCUACUUAUAUAGUUGAACAUAGUGCUAUUCAAAAUGUAGAUCAUUUAGGUGAAAUCCUGCCAUGUCUUGAUCUGAAAUCAGAAGUUCUGGGGACGUUAAAAAUACACAGAACUAAAUGCAGCAUGCUAAUAAAAAACGUUCUUGGUCCAGUAAUGAUGCAAGAAAUGAUAUCAGGUGUUGGUGAUGCUGCAUAUUCACUUAUUGUAGAUGACGGACAUACGGACAUAUCAACAGAUAACAUUCUGUGCAUAAUGAUACGGUAUUUUUUAAAAAUUAAGCAGGAUAUCAUUACAACAUUUUACAGAUACAUAAAAAUAUCUAAAUGCGAUGCAACAACCAUCUAUGAAACUAUAAAAAAUACUUUACUAGAGGACUCCUUACGUCUUGAAAUGCUGGUAGGAAUUGGGCUAGACGGUACUAUUGUAAUGAUUGCGAAACUGUUAGAAGACUUGUUUUUGCUAUUCAAAAAUAUCCUGCAAAUUAUUGUCAUACCUCGGAAGCUUGAAACUGUUACGGAUGGAGAAUAUGCAUCAUUUGGUUUUCAGGAGCAUUUGAUGCAUGUAUCAGCAAUGCAUUUUGGCUACACGGUUGAAGAGGCGCUAUCGAAACUAGACAGACGUGACAAAGAAGACGUACGUGAGAGACGCAAAACCUUUCUUGUUAUAUUGUGUUCCGAAUUACAGAAAAGGUUGCCAAAACAGAUCACAUUCCUUAAAGCCAUGGUGAAGUUGUCUCCAGAAAUAGCCACUUCUCAAAUGAAACCUACAUUAGUUGACAUAUUACAAAAUGUUCAAAGGGCUGAAGUAUAA